AUGACACAUUUAUUCACAGCUUAUGAACCAAUCAGGAGCCUCCUACCUGUUCCCACAGCCGCCUCAUUAAUAACAGGAAUUUCCCAGCAUGCCUCGGCUGUGGAGCUGUAUGAGGGAGAGCUGUUUGUCCUGCUGCCCUGUGAGUUUCCCACUUUUGAACUGGACAGCCCCACAGUGGUGUGGAGUCGCUCCGCCCUCAGUCCUCCAACCGUCCACCAGCUUCAAGGAGACGAACUGAAAGAUCCAAACCAGCGUUACAGCGGCCGAACAUCCAUGAAGACUGACGCUCUGGAAACUGGAGACCUCAGCCUGAACCUGACCAACCUCCACCUGUCUGACAGCGCCACCUACACCUGCUCCGUCAGAUCAUUUAGACUGAGAGAUGUCCCACUGCAGGUCAAAGAACCAUUUCCAUCCUGGGCCACAGCUCUGCUGGUUCUGCUGGUUCUCCUGGUUCUCCUGGUUCUCCUGGUUCUGCUGGUUCUGCUGGUUAUCCUGGGUCUCCUGGUUCUGCUAGUUCUCCUGGGUCUCCUGGUUCUCCUGGGUCUCCUGGGUCUCCUGGCGCUGCUGGUUCUCCUGGUUCUCCUGGAGUGUCAGGUGGAGGAGGGGGCGGAGUCAUUCCAGCUGCCUGAGGACACUCAGGUGGAGUGGUGA